AUGUCAGACAAAAUAGAAGAAGAAGUGCUAGAAUUGAUUAGAAGGUCAAAUUUCAAACAAUGCUAUGAUUAUGUUGGUAAGUUGAGGAAACAGUAUCCAAAUUCUGCUUUCCUAUUAGCGUUAGAAUUAUAUGUUAAGUAUAGGCAUACUCCUCAAAAAUUUGAUCGAACUUUGCUAGACACAAUUCAAACCUCUGAAACACAUGCGCUAUCAUUUCUAUACAAAUUUUAUGUUGAAUUGCUAUGUUAUGAUAAAGCCCUUGGUGUUUAUGAGAUUGCAGCAACAAAAUACCCUAGCUAUGAGACUUCUUAUAUGUGGUUUAGUAAAGCAGUGGAAGUUAACGAUUACAAGGCAAUGGCUAGAGCUAGUCUGCAAAUGGCAAAAUACAACUCUAACUCUAAUGACACCAAAUUGGAGUGCAGAGACUAUCUGAUUUGGCACGCCAUCUCCGUUGUGGCAUUAUUCAGAUGGAAAAGAAGCUCAGUAUCAGAGACAGAGUCGAAAGUCCUGCCUCAAUUAUGCUAUAAAAAUAUGCUUAGUCUGAAACCUUUCAAAAGUGUACAGGAAUUAAUUAUAUUCUGUGAAGUAUGUGAGACCUUAUUUGAUAAUAAGUCUAAAGAAAUUGUUGACCAAAUUUUGCCAAAACUAGAUUAUACUGCAGAUCUGUACUUGAAGAAUUUUUUUGUAAGAAACAUUGACAGCCUUGAGCCUCAGGAACGUUAUAAUUCCUGUAUCAAGAUCUUGGCCAAUUACGAUGAUUUUUCAGUGAUAGAAUGUUUGUUAAGAGCUGGUAUGGACUUAAAUAUUGACAAAAAUACUGUUCUGGAUAAACUCAAGAGUAUGAUAGGGGAUUCUCGCAACUUUAGAGUAGCAAAUUUAAAGGCUGAUGUCAUUUUUAAUGGCAGAGUACAGGAGCACGCAUUAAAAUUUUACAUUGAUAAAUUCUACAAUAAGCCAUGCUGCCAUAUAGACCUUAAUAAUUACUCAGAUUUUAUUGAUUUUAAACAACUGAGGCAAUUCUUUAUGGAUAUAGACAGUGAAGACUUGUUUUACGAAUACAAUAAACUCAUGUUAUUCAAAGAUUGUUCUGUAGAGCAAUCCAUUUCUAUAUUCAAAAAACAUCAGAAUGAAAUAAUUGUUAAAUCUAAGACUAACAUAUCUAAAAAUUCUGAGUUUAUAAUGAAUAUUAUUAGGGCCAAUGUUAUAGAGAAGAAAGAGAUGGAGAUUUCUGAUGUGCUGUUUGGAAUAACAAUUCUUGAAAACUAUCAAUCCCAAGAUCUCUACAACUUUGAGACUAGAUUAUGGCUGGUAGUUUUUUAUCUUUACUUAGGUAUUGUACCGUUAGCAUAUUCCCAUUUCAAGGAACUCAAUGUUAAAAACGUUCAAGUAGAUUCAGUAGAGUAUGUGAUGUAUUCCAGGUUUUCAACAAUGUUCCCAAAUAAACAGCAUGAUUAUCUCAAGAAUAUCUUCGACUGCCCAACGAAUAUCUACGAGAAUUCACUUAAAAGACUCCCAGCACUUCUAAGAGUUAGCUUCGAAAGAAAAGCAUAUAGUAAAAUUCUUGGGAUGAUUGAGUUUUACAGAAAAUUAGAGGUAUCAACCAAUAGAUGGAUGCGUAGUAUUGAAAAGAGUAAGUUGACUAGGUUGAAUAAUGAAAAGCGUAAUUCAGGAAUGACAGAAUUACUUGUUCUCUGGGAAAGCCUGCAACAUAUUAAUGAGCCUGGUUUGUCCGAUAAUAGAGAUAAGAGUCUAUUCCAUCCAUACCUUGAUCUUAGAUCAUGUCCAGCAGUUCUGCGACAACUACAUAUUGACGAAACUUGGCUAUAUGCAAAUAUUUCACAGGAAUUUAUGAUCGAAGCAGUUUCAUCUAGGGCAAUUGAGCCAAUAGUGAAGGAGAUGUUGUCGAAUUACGAUAUUAUAGAAAAGGUCAGCGCUAGUGAAACCAUGACUGUCACCGAAAGGCAAUCCUUCGAAUUGAUACACGAUGUAUAUGCUAAUGAUGGCUCCAAUGUGCUAUCUAUAUUGGACAAGAUUGAUUUAGCUGAAACUAAAAGUAUUGGAUGGCUUCAAAUUCAUUCAUAUUUGCAACAACUAACAGUGCUAAAAACUUUAGAUAAUAUGAAAAAACUAAAAGACAAGGUUGUGAAACAACAGAUCAAAUCUAAGCUCUCAUAUGUCAGAGGAAACUGUGAUGAGAUAUUCGAUGUAAUGAUUAGGGACAUAAAGAAAGGAGCUGGGCAAUUGAAAUCUGGUGGUUAUAAAGACAUUGUAGAUAGCUUAGGAUUUAACGAUUUGGAUGAAAAGAUUCUAGUUGAUUCCAUUAACACUGUUAGAAAAGUGACUAGGAAUUUGUAG